AGAGCUCGAGUCGGACUGACACCACAACUAAGACCAAAAUGGCAAUGGAUAAUUUUAUAUUUGCGCAAUGCAUCCUUUAUUUUUUAGCCUUCAUAUUUGGCUUUAUAGCGGUUGUACCUCUUUCGGAAAACACGGAUGAUUUCCGGGGGAAAUGUCUGCUUUUUACACGGGGUAUGUGGCAGAAUGAGAACAUCACGGUGUCUAAGCAGCGCUUCAUCAUUGAGGAAUGGGGACCACAGUCAUCCUGCAGCUUCAUCACAGCCGUCGGGAUCGCUUCUCUCAUCCUGUCCGCCGUACAAGCCUGGAGACUGCUGCUCUUCAUCUGCAAAGGCCACGACGACUCUAUCUUCAAUGCCUUCCUGAACCUGCUCAUCAGCACAUUUGUAGUGUUUGCUGUGUUCCUGUCCAGCACAAUAGUCAGUGUGGGCUUUAAUCUAUGGUGUGAUGCCAUCACAGAAGGAGGCAGUAUGCCCAGCAGCUGUGAGGAUCUACAAGACACUGAUCUUGAACUGGGGUUGGACAACUCUGCUUUUUAUGACCAGUUUUCUAUAGCACAGUUUGGAUUGUGGGCAGCCUGGCUGAGUUGGCUAGGUAUCACCAUCAUGGCCUUUCUGAAGGUCUACAAUAAUUACCGUCAAGAGGAUCUGGUUGACAGCUUGAUCCACGAGAAAGAGUUCCUACUUGGACACUCCUCACGCCGAUGCUCUGAUUUGGUAGACGAGAAGAGUGGCAUGAUAUGAUCAGUCCAACACACGUUACACCAUAGAACCUAGUUAUAGUGUUACAGAAUGCUGAUUCUAGAACCUUCUGAUGAAUUGUUGCAGUUGAUAUGAAUUGAAUCUACAUGCACUGUCAGGUAAAAUGUUAUUUGUAAUCUUGACUUGUCUCUGUACUUAUACAUCUGAGUGACAUCAUUAGUUGAGCUCAAGUUCGAUCAGAUGAGCCUGAAUAAAAUUUUACUUCACAUUCUUUGAUGACUUAGAACACCAAGAAUCUUUAGCGAAAUGCAAAUGCAACACAGCACAUUUACAUAAAAGGUUCCAUUCAACAGUGUUUUGUUGAACUUGAAUCACAAUGCCCUGAAAAACUAAUGAACAAUAAUAACUGUUAUGUGUUUAUAUAUGUAUGGUAACACUUUACAAUAAGGUUUAAUUUGUUAACAUUAGUUUAUGCAUUAUGUAUCACGAACUAACGAUGACAAUUUUUUUACAGCAUUUAUAAAUUUUUGUUAAUGUUAUUUAACCAUAAAUCUAUAUAUUACAGCGUCCUUGUUACAAAUAUUAUGUGUAAUGACAAUAGUAAUAACAGUAAAUUAUGCAUAAUUACAAGCAACUAUCCUUAAACCAAACCUUAACCAUAAAUCUAAAGUAAGUACAUGUUGUUAAUUAAUAUUCUAUCAGGAAGACUUACAGACUUGAGUGAGAUUUAAGAUGACAUUUAUUUGAUGAAUAUAAAACAGAAAAGUAAUGUCUCUCUUUCUCGUCUGGCGGUCCAAAGAAGUUGUACUCAGAACCGUCAUAUCCUGCCGGAGAUAGGAGGCAGGGGCGAGGAGCCUACCUCCAUGCAGGACGGGACUCAACUUGUGGUGGUUGGGUGGUGGAGGUUGCUGUGUUAGCACACUGAAACAGCAAUGUGAUAGAUUGUGAGCAGACUUAUAAAGCAAUGGCUUACAUGUGACUGGCUGGGAAUUACCCAGAUAAUGGUGCGAUGAUGCUCAGCUGCUAGUCUUACCGCUAGAACUACACUGCGCUUACAUUUACUCUUAGUACUUACUAGUGUGAUUACACUGUAACAAGGACAGUAAAAUAGAGUGUAACCUACAAUUGUUCAUUGUUAGUUCAUAUUAGUUUAUAGUGCAUUAAAUAAUGUUAACAUAUACAACUUUUGAUUUAAAAUAUGUAUUUCAAUAUGUUCAAAUUAAAUUAAAUCAAGAUUAAUAAAUGCUGGUAAAGUAUUGUUCAUUGUUAGUUCAUGUUAACAAAUGUAACAAAUAGAACAUUGUUUUAAAGUGUUACCAAAUAUUUUAAUGACUUCUUUGUGACAUAAAAUUAAUUCAAUUUCACUGCAAGUUUUGUUACCAAUUAUGCUUUUACAUAACCAAACAAUUCUUUCCUCCUAAAGACUAUUACACUAGCUCUAGAAUACAGCUUCCAGUCAGUUGUCUGUUCCAUCAGUAACAUACUGUACAUUAGCUGAGGAGUUAGACUUAGUACAUUGUGGAGCUCAGGUAAUACAACAGACACUAGAUUUAAAUAGUAUUUCAGUUAGCAUAGUGUUUGAUCCAUGUCUGGUUUUCUUUACUGUACUUUUCCUUUCUUUCCCUGGUUUGAUGGACGUUUCCCUUCCAAUACUGCCUCUAUGUGUAAGAAAAAUAUAACCAAGUAUAUGGCUGUGGUAGUAUCCUUCCUAUGUUAAGACAUUGCUAUUUUCAAAUAAUGCUUGCAUGCACAUGUACAGUAUAUCAAAUGAACAGACAAAAUGGGAACACUACACUAUAUUAAAAUAUUUCAUUGAGAAAAUGAAUCAGUCAUUAUACACUCACUGAAAACUUUAUUAGGAACACUAUGGUCCUCACAAGGGGCCAGGCGUGGUCUUCUGCUACUGUAGCUCAUCCGCCUCAAGGUUCAACUUGUUGUGAAUUCUUAGAUGCAAUUUUGCUCAAUUGUACAGAGUGGUUAUCUGAGUUACCAUAGCCAUUCUUUCAGCUCGAACGAGUCUGGCCAUUCUCUAUUGACUUCUCUCAUCAACAAUACGUUUCAAUCCACAGAAUGCCACUCACUGCACGUUUUUUUGUUCUUAGCACCAUUCUGAGUAAACUCUAGAGACUGUUGUGCAUGAAAAUCCCAGGAGAUCAGCAGUUACAGAAAUACUCAAACCAGUCCAUCAGGAACCAACAAUCUUGCCACGGUCGAAAUCACUGAGAUCACAUUUUUACCCAUUCUGAUGGAUGAUAUGAACAUUAACUGAAGCUCCUGAGCCGUAUCUGCAUGAUUUUAUGCAUUGCUGCCACACGAUUGGCUGAUUGGAUAAUUGCAUGAAUGAGGAGGUGUACAGAUGUACCUAAUAAAGUACUCAGUGAGUGUAAUUUGACAUAUUCUCAGAUGAAACAGGGUGAUCUCAUUCACAUGCAUAUUUAUUCUUAAGUAAAGUGUAGUUCUAGUACACAUACAUAAUUUUAGGUUUGGAUAGACCAAUGCAUAGAAUGUCAACAUAUGAACAACUUAUGAAAUGUUACAAAUGUUUAUGAAUCCUUUGAGGUUAAUGAAAUUUAGAAUUCACAGAUUUAUAAUAUUGUAUUUCAGUAACACUUUACGUCAACGUUUCAUUCAUUAACAUUAAUGCAAUGGGUAUCAUAAACAAACAAUGAAUAAUAUAUUCUAAAAUACAAAAGUGCAUUAACUAAUGUUAAUAUAUUCAACUAAGUUUUACUAAUAUAUGCUUAAAUUAAUAUUAACCAAUAUUAAUAAAUGGUGUAAAAGUAUUGUUCAUUGUUAAUGUUAACUAAUGUUGUUAGCUAAUGUUAACAAAUGGAACCCUAUUGUAAAGUGAUACCUGUAUUUCUAAUGAAACAGAUUAUUUCACCAUGUUUAAUGCCAUUGCAUUUAUUUAAUGCAGUUAACACAUUUACUUGAUUAUGAAGUCAUAAAAAUGAUUGAGGAAGUAAACUGUCCAUUAUUAAGGUCUUUCUUGGAGAAUUACUGAUAAAUGAGAGGCCUGUUGGGAUUGUGUCUGAAUAUUGAGCUCUGUCACCUGCUGCGGUACCUUGCAAAAAUUCUAGUUCCGUCCAGUCUUCAGAGGAUUUGUAAAGAUUUGUAUGUUUAAUUUGUACAUCUUAUACAUUAAAAUGGUUUACGAUUAGGAUGUAACUUUACACAUAAAUACCUUAAUACUGAGGCUAAUUCAUUUACUUGUUUUGCUGCAUCAGUACUGAUUUGACUUGCUUUUCUACAUGGCAACAUCAACAAGGUUUAUGCCAUUCCACUUAGCACAGUUCACUAGGUUUUUAAGUAAUUUCAUUUUUGAUAUGAAGCGUUGUUGAGCAUGCAUGCUGCAAUAAAAUUGACGUAUGCCUUUUGGGUAAAAACAUCUUCUGCUUACUAAAGUUUUAAACCUAAUGUAAUAUAUUUCAGUUCAACCUGUUAAUGCUGUGUGAGCAGGAGCCAUGAUUCAGUGUAUCUCUGAAACACACUCAUAUGAGUAAACAUUACACAUAAACAGUUUUGUGCAUCAUUUUCUUUAUUGUGUUGUGUUUGCAUCUCUGCAACUUUAUAAGUCAAAUUAAUUUGUUAUUUUAGGGCUUUUAUUCAAUAAAAGCAGUAACAGCACUAUAUAAAGUGAUGAUGAAUUUGAAUGAACUAGCCAUUAUUUAAAGUUAAAUGAAGAAAAAAGUUUUACUUAGUGUAAAUUUGAUUGGUGACCCCUAUUGGAAGAACAAAAUAUAGCAAGCAAACAAUGUCAACAAAGGCACCUCUAUUGAAUAUGACCACAUGUACAUUAGAGGAUAAAUGAACAGAAAGCAAACAUGUACUCCACUUGGGGCAAUUUUAUUGCUUUAAAGAUUGGCUAGUCCAAAAGAAACCAUCAGAGCGCCAUUAUAGUUUCAACAUAUUGCAGUAAUACAAAAUAUUUUGUUGAUUUUCCUUUUGUCGAGGUAUAGUAUGGAUUAAAGUGUGCUAUACAGAAGAAAAGAUUGAUUUUAAAUAAAUGUUGCAUAUUAAUCAGUCAUACUGUACAUAUAAAUAACAUACAGUUACCCUUGUGAAAAUGGUCUCUAUUCAGUGAGUUUUUUUUUUUUUUUUAUAUAUAUUCUCAAUAUAUUCUCAUAUUCAAGUAGCUCAAAGUGGUUUGAUGCAGGUCACAGUUGGUUUAUUAAAGUUUGUGCACCUUUUGCCCUGACUCAAAACUGUAGUCAAAGUGUGCACAAAUCAGCUAUUUAGAAACAUCAGUGUAUGAAGAGGCUAUUUCGACAAUGGCAUUGCUUCCUGAAAACCUUUGCUUUUGUGUGAUGCUACAUCCACCACAAUAGGUGUCAUUAUAAAAUCCAAGACCACUGUUGCAUCGGCCAACAAAAUCUCAUUUCUCUAUAUCACUUGUCUUUAUCACCUAUAAAGGGAAUUUAACAAUAUAAAAUGAAAUGAAUACAAUGAAACGAUUCAAUCAAUAUAAUGAAAAAAAUAAAUAAAAAUAAUUCAUUGGAUGACCACAUGUUAAAUUUGAGCUGACGUUCCAGCAAGCGCUCUAAUAAACUAUAUAAUAACACAAUAUAAAGUUAACAGUUCUGAAACUGAAGUGGGAGUCUGUCAGAAAGUUUUGUGAUUAAGGGAAAUCAUUGGAAAAAAUAAAUUGAGGGGCAUCAACAAGAAUGUCUACUUACAUGCAUGCCAUUGGAGAAUAUAUAUAUAUAUAUAUAUAUAUAUAUAUAUAUAUAUAUAUA